AUGCCCUUUCAGGAAACAGACGCCCUUUUGGAUCCCAGCAACGUGGAGGCUCGCCUCUAUGAAGAACAAUUGCUUAAUGGCCCCAUUUCGCAGCCUCCCAUAGAUACCAUUGAACCCAAUGAGGUUGCUGUGGAAGAUGAGGAUGAAGAAGAUGAUGGCGAGGACAAGGACUGGAUCGUUCGUUUGAACGAACUCCCAUGGGUCCAGAAACCUGCGCCGCUCAAAAUGGCAUUUGGGCUUUUCGUGAUAGGCAUUGCUUUGGCCAUUGGUGCUCCUCUGAAACAGGUGAUUAUGUAUAAGUUGGCAUGUCAGUCUUUAAUCAAGAACGCUCCCGGUGCACAGUGUGACCCCAUCCAAGUGCAGCAGCUCGUGACAAAUUACCAGAUGUGGGAAAACAUCUUCACUCCAUUGGUGCUGAUUGCUACCACCGUUCAAGUGUGCCGGAUGCUGGACAUCUAUGGGCGCAAGUUCUUUAUUACCCUCUUUAGCGUAUGUUUGUUUUGCGGUGAAUUCGUGUACUAUAUUGCAGUCAGCAGAGCUUCGGGGUUCCCUAUGUUGUGGAUGUGGCUAGGCACCAUCAUAGCACUUUGUGCUGGAGGUCCCUCCGGUGUUGGGGCACUUUGUAAGGCUUACAUAACUGACAUCACAAAGCCAAAGGAUCGGAUUUAUUUCAUUGGUCUCGCAUUUGUUGGUAUUGAGGUCGGUCAGCUAGUAGGUCCGUUGAUUUCGUCUUUUAUUGUUAAGCUAGCUAGAGGCAGUGGAGUACCUGGUAAAAACUCCAACAUCGAGAACGCUAUUCCCAGCCUGGAGUUGUUGCCUCUCAAGAUUUCAUUAGUGAUGAUGUUCGUAUUCGUCUUCUACAAUUACUUUCUUCUUGCUGAGUCGAGGUCUCCAGUCUUAAGAAGUAAAUCUCGCUCAGCAUCCAUUGCUCUGGCUGCUGUGGGUCCCACUCAGAACAGGAAAUUCGCUCUUAGGCACCAGAUUGUGGCUGUUUUUCGUCCGCUCAAGAUCUUGUUUUAUCCGGAAGAGUUCAAGACUAGAGACAACAAAGAUCAUUUCACUCGCGAUAGGACCAUUGUCAUACUUUUGGCAUUCGGCGAGUCCAUGUGCAUUGUUCUAGCAAUAGUGGAGAAUGUCUUCAGUCCGCAAUACGGUAUUUACAAAUACCACUGGGAUUCGGUGACAUUAUCAUACCUUAUGUUUUCCAAUGGCUUGGCCACUACCUUGCUUAUGGUUGCGGUUUCGCCUAUUUUGUUUAAACGUAUUCUCCCCAGUCUUGGGUUUAAGGUUAAUGACCAAGCUAUCGACGGAAUUGACACCUUAGUCAUUGUGCUGACCACUUUGAUCUUUGCGUUAUGUCUGAUAGGCCAGUCAUUUGCCCCAAAUACCUUAUCAUUCUUGGGUUUCUCUGUUGCACAACAGGUGUACAAUUUGUGUGCAGCCACGCUUACUGCUGCAAUUGCCAAAUAUUUCCCCAGCUCUAAGAUUGGCGAGUUGUAUGGAGCAGUUUCGUUAGCUCAGAGUGUGACCACCCUUAUUAUUCCUGCUUUGUUCAGUCAGCUCUUUUCCUACGGAGUACGCCACGGCAUCCCGCAAUUGCCGUUCCUCGCGCUUACCAUUCCUAGUGUGGGGAUGGCCAUGGUUGGAUUGUUGAUGAGAAGACUUUCUGCGACACCUUCAAUUCGUAUUUGA